AUCUAAUGAAAAGUGCAAGAUGUAUGGAGUAUUUAAUUGAUCAAUUUCAUCUUGAUGACGUUAUCCAAUAUAAGGAAUAGAAUGCUCUUAUAAGCUCAAAUGAAGAUGCUACUGUUAUUGUUAUCUUUCAAAAACUGUAGAUUGAACAUUAUGAGGAUGUUGAUGGUCGAAUGCAAUUAAUUUUUCAACAAGAACUUUACUAGUUUAAAAAUACAUUAUUUAAUCGCAAAUACGAUAUUCCCACAAGAUUGGCUUUGAACUAAAAGGGAGAUAUAUUAUUAAUUGAAAUUCACAAAACAAAAUUUAAUUUAUAUUACAAAAAGGCUUAGUUGCAGUAAUGGACACAUUUUUACAGUAAUUGUACCGUUUAGAACAUAUCAAAUUAUAGAUUUAAUAGCAUAUUAAAAUCUUUUAACUCACAAUUUUCUUGCUUUCUUUUGUAGAUAUAAUCAACUCCUAAAACCAUUGUCUUAAGUAUUAUAAAUACCCCUUAGACCAAGAAAUUAAUUCAAUCAUUAAUCUAAGUAACUGAUUGUAUAUUAAACGAAGACAAUAAUAUAAUUCUUGGAAGAGAAUCCAACUAACUUCACUUUUAUAAAUAGAAAAAAGUGAUACCAUUUCAAAAAAUAAAUCUACCAAAUGGUCUUCUUUAUGCAAAGUUUGACUAAUUAAAUAACCUAAUAUUAUUGACUAAGGCUCAUCUAGAAAUUUAUUUUCAAUAAUUAGGAUAAACCUAUCAAAAAAUUGCAGGAAUACCAAUAAUUAAUAAUAAUUAAAUUUGUAACAUUGUUCCUAUCGAUGCCUAUAUCAUAAUUUAGAGAACCUACUUAGGUGCAGAAUUUGCCUAAGUUUGUUAAAUUGAGGAAGGCGCCAUAUAACUUGUAGGGAAAAUUAUAUGUCGAUAAAUAAUUACUUCAUCAAGUCGUUCAUUCUACUUAGUAAUCAAAGACAAAUAAAUUGAAAUUUAUAGACACAAUUGA